AGACGCGCGCGCGGCGUUUUGGGUGGAGCAGAGCCGGGUCGUCGUGCUCCUUCUGCUCCCUCCGCUUCUUCCUCACUGCGGAUGCUCGCGCUCUGAGAGGAGACAGAGAGAGAGAGAGCGCGCGCGAGCGAGAGCGACAGACAGAUCGAGGGAGCGGGAGAAGGUGGAGGAAUGGUGCUCGCGUGAAGCGUCCGCCUGUCCGCCUUUGACGGCACCAUGGAGGAAUCCGAGAGCAUUCCGUGCGCGCCUGAGGACGGGCUGCUCGCGAGCUGGCGCUGGAACCGGAGCGCGCGGGAGCAGGUGCAGCUGAAGCAGAAGAUCCGCGACCUGCCCGGCUUGCUGAAGCACGGCUUACAUCUGAGGAAGAAAAGCCAGUCACCUGACACUGUCCCAGGACCCAGUGCCAGCGUCCCCACCAAGUCUAAGACCUGCUCUCAGAGUUUCCCCUGCGCCGGCCGUGCUUUGAGGAACGCCUUCUUGUCCCAUGGCCCUUACCCCGCCAAAGACAAGAUCCACCUGGCCCGGAUUAUCAGGAGGAGCUACGUGGGCGUUGAGCUGGUCCAGUGGCUGUUGGAGCAGUGUGUGUUUGUCCAGUGCAGGAUGAUGGCGGCACGGGUUUGGCAGGUGCUACUGGAACUGGGCAUUCUGCACUCAGUGGACCAGCGGGUGGUGUUUGAGGACUCCAACACAUACUACCAGUUCUCCUUUGAGGAGUGCGAUGCACAAGGCUGCGAGUUCCGCUCGGAGGAAGAGUGGCAGAAUGGAGUCCGGCUGCUGCUGCAGCUCGUUCCCUACGUCCAGUUCAGGGUCGUCAGCCCUCCUGAAGAGGAUCCUGAGGGAAAGCGGGAUAUCUGCAGUGAGAUUCUCCAGAUGAAGGCUCUGGAACGACUUACAUCCACGGUUCAAAAUGAACUAGCUGCAGCGCUGGCAAGGAAAGCAAGGAAGUCAAUGUCGGAGGAGGACACGUCAGAUUCAGCGGAGAGUUCUCCACAAGAACCACAAAAACCACCUGAAGACAAAGCCAAGCAGGGCAGUGUGUGCGCGCUGAGAUCGCCGGAGGAGUUGUCCCGUUUGGAGAUGGUGCAGAGGCUGGCCAAGGACGGCUGCCGCUUCCUCCAGAACCAGAACUACCGGCUGCCCGACCGCUCCGCACAGGCGCAGGGUGAGGGAGCGGUGCGCGUGUGUCUGAAGGAGAGGGGUCAGGAUGUGCUGGUCCUUCAGAGAGUGGCUUCUGACCGGACAUCCCCACAGACAGCUGGAGGUGGAGUCAAAGAGGACGAAAGUGAUAGGAGGUACGUGGUGGUGUCCGGAACGCCGCACAAGAUCCUGGAGCACCUGCUGAGUGACCUGAGGCUGGAUGAACACCAGGGGGCGACAGAGGGCAAAGAAGCAGAGAUGCUUCUGGACGACUUCUUGCUGACCUACCUGGUGUUCAUGUCCACUAAUGACCUCUGUCAGGCACUGCUUGGGCACUAUUGCACCAAGCGCUGUCGUGGCAAGGAGGAAGGAAAGGAGGCCCUCUACAGGAAGCGAAAGGUACUGCACCUGGUGUCCCAGUGGAGCUCUCUCUACAAAGACUUCCUGCGCGAAGAAGAAAAUGUCAAACUCUUCAUGAAGACGCUGUACCGUUAUGUACUGGAGGACGUCUACGAGUUCCCUACACUGGAGAAGGACCUAAAAGAGUUCCAGAAGCUUCUGCGUCGUAGACACACCGUGGAUGAUUACUCUCCCCACCAAAAGAACAAGGCUCUUUUCCAGCAGCUGAGUCUGAAGGAGAACGGCAUCCAGCUCCGUGGAGCACACAGUGACAGCAGAGAAGUGAUGUGCCGUGUCUAUGUGAGUUCAGACUCAUAUUUGAGCAUCAGGGUCAGGACCACAGUGCUGGCCCAGGAACUCCUGCACAUCGUGGCUCAGAGGAUGGAGAAGCCUGAGGAGGACAUGGUGCUGGUGGCUCAAACAUACAGUGGAGAAAAACGUGCCAUUCAACCGCAUGACUGCAUUUUCUCGGAGUCUCUGACUCCUCCUGGUAGACUCAUGGCCUGCUGGAAAGACCUGAGUGAGAUUCUGCCUCCUCUAACAGACUGCCCGGAACUGGCUCAGCGGCCCACGCGGCUUCUGGGCAUCAACACGUGGGAUGUUUCCGUGGCACUCACCAACCUCGACUGGAGUCUUUUCAACUCUGUACACGAGCAAGAGCUGAUCUACUACACAUUCAGCCGCCAGGCGAGUAGUGGCCACACGGUGGCGCUGGAGCAGCUGCUGCAGCGGUGUAAUGAGGUCCAGCAGUGGGUCAUGUCAGAGGUACUGCUCUGUCCAUCGCUUGGAAAGCGUGUCCAGCUGCUCAAGAAGUUCAUCAAGAUCGCUGCUCACUGUAAAGCACAGAGGAACCUCAACUCCUCCUUCGCCAUCAUAAUGGGCCUGAACACAGCAGCAGUGAGCCGGCUAAAUCAGACCUGGGAGAAAGUUCCUGGGAAAUUCAAGAAGCUUUUCUCUGAACUCGAGUUAUUGACUGACCCCUCCCUGAACCACAAGGCCUACAGAGACGCCUUCAGGAAGAUGAAGCCGCCCAAAAUUCCAUUCAUGCCUCUGCUACUCAAAGACAUCACUUUCAUUCAUGAGGGGAACAAAACAUUUCAUGAUAACCUCGUCAACUUUGAGAAGCUGCAUAUGAUUGCAGACACUGUCCGACUCAUACGCCACUGUCAGACUGACCAAGCAGGAAACGAGGUCACUCAGAGCGACGGUCCAGAUGUGAGAGCCAGCGUGCACUACCUUCACAUUAUUGACAAUCAGCAGACUCUGUUUGAGCUGUCCCACAGACUGGAGCCCAGAGCAUAACAGCCCCACCUGCCGGAUGUUCGUCGGAACUGCAGCGGCAGCGCUACGUGAACUUGUGCUUUGUGUACCUUUCUUCACAACAAAAGAAAAGAAAUGUGUGAUUCUUUUCAAAAGAAUCCCAUCACCCAGCACCGACUGAACGAACACUGCUUGUUUCAGGUGUGAUUUUGGUGACGUGCACUUAUUUGACCACCAGAGGGAGCCCCUUUCUUGGCCAAAACACGGGACUGAGUGGACCUCAGUCUGACGACCUGUCUGGAUCCCCAGGUUGUGUUCCUAUGACGUUUGUAAUGGUUUUAUUACCUGCCGUCUCUACCUAGUCAAUAUCUCGUUGUUGUUGUAACAAAAUCUCGUAUCUCCGAAAUAACUUCAUAGGAGUGUUAUGAACUUUAAUGUAUGUUAAUGUAAUAAAUUUUUAUUUUGAGUAAUUUUGGACCCUUUUUGGUCCAUUUGUCAUGUCAUAACGUAAGAGGCAGCUGGUAUUUUCAAGCGGAGUUAAAGUAACUGAAAAAAUGGAGUUACGAGGUUUUGACAUGGCAGUGACGAUUUACUUCUUCUUAGUCAAAUGGUGGACGUAUUUGCCCGCGCACAGGACGCGUGAGGUGUUUUGUUGAAAUACUGUUUUUCAAUGGUAUUGACCACUUCUUUUAUCCUGUGGCUCUGCUACGGAGCACAAUACUGUAGUUCAUGUAUGUGUUGAGUACAUAACACUUUAGUAGUGGUAAUAUUGGAACACAACCGCGUCACGGGCGCCUUCACAGGAGCUUUUCAGGGAUAUGCCUGCUGUUAGGUUGGCCAUUCAGAAUGGCUGAAUGAUAAAGAGAAUAGCACGUGUUGCGUGGGGUGACAUAGUUGAUGUCACGAAUACAUGCUUCACACAGACGGCAACACUUUACUGAAGGGCAGCGUUCAAUAAAGGCUACAUGACACCUGCAUAAGCCUUUCGACUGACGUAAACCUACACACACAUCCAUAAAAGCUCAUUCCAACAGGCCUCAGCUUUCACAGAGGCUGUUGUUGUCGAUCAUGAUGUCAUUUCACCUUCAGCAAGUGUGACGCUUGUUGGAAUAAGCCUAGAUGUCGUGUAGCCUUAUGAACACUGCCAGUAAAGUAUUACCACACAAACUUAUGUAAUUACAAAUAUAUUGUUGGCUUUUGUGAUUUCUGUUGACUAUUAUAAGGUAAAGCCGUAAAUGGACUUGCCCGUGCUUGGGGGCGGGGCUUUGUCCCUGCUUCCGUAACAUAGCAGUAUUAUUCCAUGGUUUUACUUUUGGUUUUUGUUUCAUUUUGUCUCUCUCUGUGCAAUGCUUAUUAAGACUCCUUAUACAUUCGUUACUGGAGUGCAGUGUUUUAUUUUUUCCCCUCAUGAGCCAUCAGAUUUUCUCUGUCCGAUGCCAUAGAAAGGUGCCGUUGGACCUCAUCCGCUUUCAGUUAAAAUCUAGAAAAGAGUUGCAUGCACAUAGUAUUUGCACUUAUCAUCUCUGUUUAUACAAUAAUGUGUAAGAAUGUACAUAGGUUUAUAUAUGUAAGUUUAUUGUGAGGCAUCUGCAUAUACAUAUGUUUCUGUGCCAAAUGCUUUUAUUAUUAUUAUUAUUAUUAUUAUUAUUAUUAUUGUUACUAUUAUGGGAGGGUGAUGCAAUAUUGAGUAUAGUUAACAGUGUGCAACUUUGUUUUGGCCUUACCUGCAGCUUUCAGAGACCCAUUUUGUGAAGAAAUGGUAUCGUGCACAUGUUAAUCCCUGGGAAUAUUUCUGUUAUGGGUCUCCUUAUGGGAGGGGUCACUUACUAACUUUUUUGGUAACACUUCAGUUUAGAGGGAUAUAUAAUGCACCUGUAAUGUACUUAAACGAGCCAAUAGUUUUAAUAAGCCUGCUUAUUACUAUGUUAUUAAACAGUAACUAGGGUGGAAUAACAUUUUACAGAGCUCUUUCAUUUUUGUUUUACAUAGAGUUGAAAUAAUUGAGAGUGAACACCACAAAAAGGGUCUUGGUCUUGGGAUCAAGAGGGAUCAUACCCUUUUAUUUUAUUUCCACUUUUGUUUUUCCUUUUUUUCCCCAUGAAUAUGAAUAUAUUAAGUGAAGCACAUCAGCAGUAACCUAUACACUGUAUAAUACACAAAUAAAAAUGAGCUAUUCACUCAGAUACUGGCUUCCUAAGCCUUAAAAUAUGAGUUAAUAACAAGUGCACUGGAAAAGUGUUCAAUUCACACUAGUAGCUCCUUAAUAAUACAGUAAUAAGCAAUAAUUAGCACCUAUUGGCUUGAUAGGUUCGUUACUAGCUAUUGACUGGAUAAGGUUUAAUAAGGGCAUAAUAAUUGGCACCUAAAAUGCACAAAAGUUUAUGAUGUAAAAUGCUCAGGAAAAUGCUUAUUACAAGCUAGUUACUGCUUAAUAAAGUAGCAUUCAAGAGCUUGUUAGUUCAAGUGAUGGCUUUUUUAUGCUUAAUAAAAGCAUUAUAGGUGCUUUGAAAAGUUUAAGGCACACUAUAUACUGUUUAAUAUCAUAUUAAUAAGCGGUCUGUUAACACCACCUACUGGCCUGUUAAUGCUUAAUAAAAUUCAUCCUAGAUACGUAGUAAUAAAAGGCCUGUUAAUUACAGACUAAUGACUUUAAAGGGCAUUAUAAGGGCAUUAUAAUGUCCCUCUAUACUGAAAUGGUACCUAUAUUUUUCGUAUCUUUUUUUCAGUGCUCUCUAAAAGGGAAUAUUCGGAAUAGCUCAGUAAAGUGGAAUUCCCAACACUUCACUUUUUCUAGAGGUGGUUGAUAAAAAGCCAUGACCUGUCACAGUGUUUCGCCAAACAAAAAUAAAUAAAUAAAUAAUGGUUCUCCCGGUCUCUGCCAGCCUGGGCAAAUUAAUCACUGUACAUUUUGUACUGACCUUUUUAUGGCAUUCGAGGACUGAGGCGCUUUGCUAUUAUUUAUGUCUUUUUAACUAUUUAUGUUUGACGUGAAGGAUGAUAACGGGGCUGGAAUGUGUCCAAGUGACAGCCGAGUGGAUGUGAAACACACAAGUCAUUGACUACUUUAAGAGAAAGUGUAAUAUUUUGUAAUGUUUUGCAGUGACCUGGUCAAAAAAAAGUCCUGGCAACGUUGUGACUUGUCUUGUGGUUCAGGAGUGAAACAAAAAAAGAGAGAGAGAUUUUUUUUGAAAGAGGGAGGGUUAUUAUUUUUUGUUGCUGCUCAGAUCUGCUCUUUUUCACACCAUGUUCAGCUGGUUUGCAUGUGGUAAAGAAACCCACCAAUGAGAAUGAACACGCUCGUCGUAUCCUGCAAAUGUAAAUAUAAAUAGAUAUGCUCUCUAUUAUUUAUGUUCCAAAAUGAGAAAUGCAAAGCAAUAUGUUUACCUUCUGUGCAGUUUUUUUUUUCCCUUUGUUGCUAUAGAAACCACACACAACUUUUCUAUAAUAUGCAUUUUUACAGCAAAUGAGUGAAUAAAACGUUUAUGUAAUAUUA